AUGCCGGACCGGUCUCCAGGGAGUCGCGGGCCUUCGGGGAGUUACGCAAGGGCGGCUGCCUCCCCGGCCUCGGACAACGCCCUGUUUCGGUCGGUGAAGGUGGAACGUGGGGUUUUCUAUGUCUGGUUUGACGCUCCUAUUGGGUACAUAUCCAUCACCGCCAAUUAUACCGAGGACUGGGAGAAGUGGUGGAAGAACCCUGCAGAGGUCGAACUCUACAAUUUCAUGGCCAAGGAUAAUGUUCCAUUUCACAGCGUUGUUUUCCCAUGCUCGCUUCUGGGUGCUGAGGACAACUAUACCCUCGUUAACAGUCUCAUUGCCACAGAGUACCUGAACUAUGAGGAUGGCAAGUUCUCCAAGAGCCGAGGGGUGGGAGUAUUUGGGAACAUGGCACAGGAGACAGGGAUCCCGGCCGAUAUCUGGCGGUUCUACCUGCUCUAUGUCCGCCCCGAGGGCCAGGACAGCAGCUUCUCCUGGAACGACUUCAUGCUGAAGAACAACUCUGAGCUACUGAACAACCUGGGCAACUUCAUCAACAGAGCCGGGAUGUUUGUGGGGAAGUUCUUCGAGGGCUACGUCCCGGUCAUGGAGCUGAGGCAGGAGGACAAGAGGCUGCUGGUUCAGGUGACUUGGGAGCUGCAGCAGUACGUUCAGAGCCUGGAGAGAGUGCGGAUUCGUGAAGCACUCAGGUGCAUCCUGAACAUCUCCCGCUUUGGCAACCAGUACAUACAGAUCAGUGAGCCCUGGAAAAUGAUCAGAGGCAGCGACGCUGACAAGAAGCGGGCUGGAACGGUAACAGGCGUGGCAGUGAACCUGGCCUGCCUCUUGUCGGUGAUGAUCCAGCCCUACAUGCCCUCCGUCAGCAGAACCAUCCAGGAGCAACUGCAGGCUCCUCAUGACUGCAACGUGCUGAUCGAUCGCUUCGUCUGCUACCUGCCCACUGGGCACAAGAUUGGCACGGCCAGCCCCCUGUUCCAGAAGUUGGAGAGCGAACGCAUUGAGGAACUGCGGAAAAAGUACAGUGGCCAGCAGCCCUGCACUACUGGGGAGACAGCGGGGACACCAUCUGCUCCCCAACCUCCUGCUGAUGUUCAACGUCUCCAGGAACAAGUGACCCUACAGGGGAACCGUGUGCGUGAGCUGAAGGCUCAGAAGGCAGAGAAGACGCUAAUCGCUGCAGAGGUGUCGGUGCUCCUUGAGCUGAAGAAGCAACUAACACAGGCAUUAGGCCAGGAUUAAACCCCCUACACCCCCUC